CUGGAACUCCGUCUCAUCUCCCCUCCUCUCCCUUCCCCACCACCACCACCACUAUGUAUCCUUCCAAACUGGACGCCGGUUAUCCUCCGGCGAUGGCGCCACCACCGACAACAGGCAUCCCCAUAAGCUCGACCAACCAAUUCUAUUCGCAACCCGGUCCUGCCACCUUCCAUGUUGAAAAUUCUCGGGCUUCCGUCUCAUGGUCCACCGGCCUCUGCCACUGCUUGGACGAUUGCAGCAACUGCUGCAUCACUUGCUUCUGCCCAUGCAUCACUUUCGGCCAGAUCGCGGAGAUCGUCGACAAGGGAUCCUCCUCGUGUGGUGCGAGUGGAGCGCUGUAUACGUUAAUACUGUGUGUGACGGGGUGCAGCUGCUUCUAUUCGUGCUUCUAUCGAUCCAAGCUGAGGGCGCAGUACUCUCUGAAGGAGAGCCCCUGCAACGACUGCCUCGUUCACUGCUGCUGCGAGCUGUGCGCCCUCUGCCAGGAGUACCGCGAGCUCAAGCGCCGUGGCUUCGACAUGAGCAUAGGGUGGCACGCGAACAUGGAGAAGCAAGGGCGGGUGGCGACGUUACCGCCAGGGAUUCAGGGGGCAUGAGCCGUUGAUAUUUCCAAAUUUAUCGGAUGUCUCUUCGAGAGCUUAGAGUCUAAUUAAUCAUUUCAACGGGGAGAGGAGGCAUAUAUAUAUAUAUACUGUAUUCCUUUCCAAAGCUUUAUUGGGCUUUUAAUGGGUUGAUGAUGACAUGAUGCAUGCGCUGAUGAAUAAGCGGAAGCUUGGUUGCUUGUGGGGUUGUGGUGUUGAUGUCAGUAUCCAGAAAUUCUAGAGUUCUUGUCUUAUUUCCACCA